ACGAAUAACGACAGCGCCCCUUUUUCUCCUCCUUUUCUUCUCCAUUUCCUUAUCGCUCUUUAAAAAUCACUGCAAUCUCUCUUCAAAUUCCUCACAAAACCUCCUCCAAAAGCUUAAGAUUCCACAGAUUCAUCUUCAAUUGUAAACAUGGCGGGCGGAAGAAAUGGCGGAAGCAGGCAGAGCAGCGCUCUGUGGCGGUCUUUCAGAAACGGCGAUUUCGAAGAAGAGGACGUCUGGGAAGUUCUCAAAGAGAAAUCGAAAACGACUUCAAAAACCUCCGAUGAUUCGAGUUUCUUCUCCGAUUCGUUGAUUCUCGAAUCCGCUUCCGUAAAUCACCUUCUUCCGUCCGCUUCCAGAAUGAUUCCGAGGUCGAACGGUGGCGGAAAUGCUCAGAUUGCUUCAAGAUCGGCUCCUCGAUCGAUUCCGCAGUGGUUCAAACCUAACGGAAUUAAAAACCUUAGGAAUUUCGCUUCGGAGCACGAUGAUUCUUGGAGCGAUGGUGUUGCCAGUGACGGCGACGAUGAAGAUGAGGAAGGAUUUGAUAACAGAAUUCCGCCGCAUGAAUUGAUUGCGAAGCGACGGGCUAGGGCUCAGAUUUCGUCGUUCUCCGUGUUUGAAGGAAUUGGAAGAACUUUGAAAGGGAGGGAUCUGAGUAGAGUAAGAAACGCCGUUCUUAACAAAACUGGUUUUCUCGAAUCGUAGUCAUGAGCCUUUGAGUGUUCUGUGAAUAAUCCCUUUUGGUGGGGGUAUUUUUGACAUUUCACAUAUUGUUCUUAUUUAAUUUAGUUCUUAAAUUUUCACUCAAAUAUAAGUUAUAUGUUUUAUAAUUUUAAUUA